ACGUGCCAUCCCUAUAUUACUCAUGAGAAAAUCAAAACAAUAACAUAAUUUAAAUUGGUAAACAUGAAGGACGAGCAAAGCUCUAUGUCUAUGUUUGCCGAGGAUAUCCUGAAGGAUUACGGGUCGUUUAUGUCAGAGCACGAUGGGAAAUUAAAAUUGUUAAGGAAUGAGGUGCCAAAUUCUGAUUUUGUAGAGCCCUCGUCAUGUAUAUAUAUGGCUCCCGUAAUAGAGGUAAACUUUGUAGGCAACGACUCCAUCGUUUCGGAUAAGAACUUUGAGGAAUCGGAGCUUGUGGCGAAUAAACCUCUGACGACCUUAGCGAAUCUAUGCAACCAGUGCAGAAACUUGUCCCGGAAAGCAAAGAGGUUUCAGUUGGCGUUUCAGUUUACCGAUUUUCGGCUGGAUGAUUCGUCACAGUUCCAAUCAUUUGAGGGCGCCGUUUUAGAAGGAGCCUUGGUUUCGAUGAGUAACUCCAUGGAUUUCUUCUGUCAGGUUUACUUUUUGCUCAAACGCAUGAUUGUGAUACUCCAAAAUCUGUGGAGGCAAAUAGCCGCAUCGGUCUGUGUACCAGUGGACGUUAAUGAAGUCCAUAUAUUCGCUGUCUUUGAUGUUAUGGCUGAAUUAUUGGAGCAUGUUGUCGUUUUUAAUGAACUAGCGAACCAAUCAAAGAUUUCCGCCAUGUGGUCUCUCUACAAGAAGUGGCUAGUUACGUUGUCCAACAACAGUGGACUAUCCUCUGACCGAUUCACCAGCAUGGAGCUCAAUGGCCUCAGUGUGUCCCUAGUUGACAUUGAGAAUGUCAUCACAAACGACUUCUUUCGGAUUCUUCUAGAUAGCCUGAUGGAGUUAAAAAAGCAAUUGAGCCUGAACGUUGUAAACUACAUCACCCAGCAUUCCAAUGCCUACAUUCGCAAACAGCUUCUUGAUAUUGAUGUGAGUCAGAGCAACGAAUAUAGAAACUACGAAGAUCCGAAGCACAUAAUUCGCUUGACUGCCUUCGUUGCGGUGGUGCAUGAGUUUGGCAUCCAAAUGGAAGGAAAAUUAGUCAGAAGUGUUGUCGACUUGGUGGCCAGGCAUAAACAGGUGUCCAUCAACCGAAGUGUGUUCUGGUCACCUUCGUCAUUCCUUUCGCAACAUGCCAAAACUCUGAUGAAGUCACCAGCCCGAACCCAAGAUACCCAUGGUCCGAAAAUCCAUAGCACAGUCCUGGAGAAAUUCAAGCUCAGCGACCAGAAGAGUUGCCGUCAGCUGGGCACACAGAUCUCGCUGUGGUCGAUUAGAAUGCAGAGAGUGUUUGAUGCUGGAGUCUUCGGGCAUCUAAAGACCUUUUCUCACCUGAUUCUCACUGGGCAGUCUUAUGCCAACCAAGUCACUGUCUUGGCGGUCUCCCUGAUCAACCGCCACGCGGCUCUCAUGACGCCCAUGACCAAAUUCGACUGGUUCGUGAUCUCUCGAUUGCUACAGUACCUAAAGAUUCUUCAGAAUACCUUUGAGUCAAACCAAAUCAAUUUCGUGCGUUUUAUCAGCUCGCUGAUACAGUGGCAGAAACAGAAGGUCCUGCACUUACUGCACACCACAAAAAAGAAAAUUGUCGAUCUCAAAUUGCUGCAGCGCAAGAUGAAUUUCUUGUCAACAAUGAAGCUGGUUGAGAAGUCCAUUAUUGGCUUUCCGAGCAAAAACCGACUAACUUUUAUAAAUCUGGCUCUCGGCGAGUUCCUCGAUAAUCGUAUUCUUCCUGCCGACAACCAGAAGCUGAUCAGGUCGAUUAUACUUAGAGCUAAUAAUAUCAGCAACCUUAUGCGCGAUAUCAGGGGGCAACUGGACUUGUCCGACUCGUCGAGUCUGAUAUACAAUUACUGGUUUAUAAACACUUUGGUGCAGAAGGAGUACACCGAGAUGCAGCGUAAUCCGUUCUCCCUACAGAGCAUUGUGUCAGUAAGCCAUAAUCUGGACAAGAGCAUGGCUAUAUUUAGGGGAUCAAGGUGCCCCAAGCAGUCGGCCAACGAUUUAAUUAUUAAGUUUUUAUGCAACCACUUAGAGUUUUAUCUGCGGGUUGAGGCCCUUUCGCACCUGUUCCAGAAUCAAGACCAACCAUUCCAGCAAAGUGCUUUAGACUAUCGCCUCUGCAUUAAUGCGGGGUCUACUGAAAAUGGUGGUGACUACAAUAUUAUAAGAGAUCACCUAGAGAAUUAUUUCACUGCAACGUUCUACAACCUUACGACAAUCGCCCCGCACGACUGGAAGUCGUACGAAAAGAUGCGUCAUUUGGCCAACAAGGUGUUGAAGCUGCGGCCAAUGGAUGAUCACCUGCCCAAACAGAUAAUUGACCAAGGUAUAGACGUGCUCCAGAUCAUGCGCAACAUCCACACGUUUGCCUCCUCCUAUGCCUACAAUAUGAACCUACAGUUGUUUGUGGAGACGCACAGCAAGAGCAAGCACCUGGACAUCAUCGGCACACGGCACGUGGCCAACUCGGUGCAAACGCACGGUACCGGCAUUAUCAACACCACUGUCAACUUUAUUUACCAGUUCCUGCGUCAGAAAUUCUACACCUUUUCCACUUUUCUGCACGACGAGCAGAUAAAAUCGCGACUACUCAAAGAGCUGCGAUUUCACUCAGAGCACAAGCACAGCAAAGAAUACCAAUCGUAUCCUUAUGAACGCGCUGAUAGCUUUCUUAAAAAGAUCAGAAAACUCGGUUGUUCUGGCAACGGCGAGACCUAUAUGGACCUAUUCAGAAAAGUUAUUACCCAAGUCGGCAAUGCCGUGGGCUAUGUGCGCCUCCUGCAGGCAGGAAGCAAGAAUGCGAACUUUAGGAGUCGUUCAUAUAAGACCAGGCUCGACAGCAACUUCAGUUCCGGAGGCUCCAAAGUGCAUGAGGUCACAGAGGGCUCCAUUAAGGAGUACGAAAAGAGCUUAGGCCACAUGAAGGAAUGCUAUUCUGACAGCACAAAUUACUUUAGGCUCCUCUUACAAGGUUUCCAGCCUUUCUUAUGCAACCCCCAUAACCACCACCUAAAAACCUUCUACCUCAUCACACCUGCGCUCAUAAUGAACUACAUUGACUACAGGGUCAAGCAGAAACUGAAGAUCCACAAGAAGGACCAGUCCAAGAUCUCGCUGUUCGAGGAUGGCUUCGCCAUCGGCCUGGUCUACAUUCUAAACUUGCUGAACCAGCAGUUGGAGUUCUAUGAGCUGGGCUGGAGUCAAACCACCACCCAGCACCUGAACGAAGAGCGCUCCAAGGUCCGCGACAUCCUGACACGCCAGCAGACUGCGACGGAGCAGCUGGACGAGAAGCUCUUACAGACCGUGGCGAUAACCGAACGACAUGUGAAUGCCUAUGAACAUGAAUACAAUCUGCUUUACGCCACCUUAAGUAGCUCCGAAAUAUUUUUCCAAUAAAUUUGUUUAUCAAGCCAAA